ACAUCAGCUGUUCGAUGUUAUUGUUCGCGCACGCUUUGUGUUUAGUUUGCCGCUACAACAUGCGUUUGUUAUUACAAUUACGCAACGCAUCUACGCAGGCCGCACGCCGACGCGUAGUUAUUACAGGUAGCGGCGCCGUCACGCCACUGGGGAAUAAUGUGACCGAAUCGUGGCAGCGUUUGCUGGCGGGAGAUUCGGCUAUUGCCAGACUGGGUGCGGAAUUCAAAGGACUGCCUUGUCAAGUGGCGGCACAAAUACCGAGGGAACGCCUCCAGAUAGACAAGCAUCUGAGCAAAAGUGAUAUAAAGCUCAUGAGUCCUGCAACACAAUUAGCAGUUAUUGCAGCGGAUGAGGCGCUGGCCGCAGCAAAGCUGAAGCCCAGCGGGUUGAACGGCGAGCAGCGGGAACGUUUUGGCGUGUGCGUGGGCAUGGGCAUGUUCGAUCUGGCGGAGGUCUAUGGCGCUUUUCAGCAGCUUCAGCGCGGUUACAAUCGUGUCAGUCCCUACUUUAUUCCGCGCCUGCUGCCCAACAUGGCGUGUGGACACAUUAGCAUGCGUCAUGGCUUGCAAGGACCCAACCAUUCCGUCUCAACAGCGUGCGCAACCGGCGCCCAUGCCAUCGGGGAUGCUCUGCGUUUUAUACGCCACGGCGAUGCUGACAUAAUGCUAGCCGGCAGUGGGGAGGCGUGCAUAGACCCCCUAUCGAUUGCCGGGUUUUGUAGGUUACGCGCCCUCAGCACUGCGUUCAAUGAUAACCCGGCUGUGGCCUCGCGACCUUUUGAUAAAGCGCGUGACGGAUUUGUGAUGGGUGAGGGCGCCGCAAUGCUGCUUCUUGAAGAGCUGGAGCAUGCGCGUGCCCGUGGAGCGCCCAUAUUGGCAGAGCUACUGGGCUAUGGUCUGUCCGGGGAUGCGCAUCACAUUACCUCACCGAGCGAGGAUGGUACUGGUGCAACGCUGGCCAUGAAACGCGCCAUUGCCGAUGCCGGCAUCACGCCCCAGGAUAUUAGCUAUGUCAAUGCGCAUGCCACAUCAACGCCCACUGGCGAUCGCAUUGAGGCGCAUGCCAUUGGGCGCGUAUUUGGCGACCAUGUUGCGAAGGUGUCUGUGUCCUCCACCAAAGGCGCACAUGGUCAUCUGCUUGGUUCGUCGGGCAAUCUGGAAGCGCUCUUUGUAGUGCACGCCUGCGCAGAAAACCGAUUGCCGCCCUCAAUAAACAUUGAUCAAUUGGAUGUGGAUGUGAAUGUCGUGACAACAGCGUGCGAAUGGUCACAGGAUCAGUCACAGCGCAUUGCGCUGAAGAAUUCCUUUGGAUUUGGUGGCACCAACGCCUCGCUCUGCAUUGCCAGUUAUAUUGGGGAGUAAUAUUUCAAUUUUACAAACAUUGUUUAGCACUAACUGUUGCAUGUGAAUAAAUAGUUUUUCUUUUGAA